CACACAGACUCCCACCUAUGUUCUGAGUGUCCUUUCUCUGGAAAGCCACAAACAUUCCCAAGCAGGACUUCUCCUGAAUUAUCUCAAAUUCUUUGAAUUUCUCUGGUCUGGAAGGAUUAAAGGAGGGGACAGGAGGCGUGGAAUGGCCCUCCAAAGAGGUUAAAUAGGUCACUUCAAAGCUGACCACCAAGACAAGCAGAGCACCCAGGAAGAUCUUCACCUAGGCUUCUGGCACCAUGAUGUCACUUCAGAUGCUGCUCCUUGCUGCCCUGCUUCUGGGGACUUCCCUGCAGCACGCCAGCGCUGCUCGAGCCACCAAUGUAGGCCGAGAGUGCUGCCUGGAGUACUUCAAGGGGGCCAUUCCCCUCCGGAGGCUGGUGGCAUGGUACAGGACCUCAGCCGAGUGCCCCAGGGACGCCAUCGUGUUUGUAACAGUCCAGGACAGGCUCAUAUGUUCAGACCCCAAAGACAAGCAUGUGAAGAAGGCCAUCAGGUACUUGAGGAACCUAAGGCAGUAGCCUGUCAUCAACCUCUCAGCCUGGAGCAUUUGAGGACUUCAGUAUUGGUGCCCAUGAUCCCAACCUGUGUCUGGUGGAGGCCUGGAGAGCCCAAGAGAAGCUGCACAGUGGGAGUCCCUGUCCCCCCUUUUAUGGACUCAAGCUACAGGUGCACGCACGCACACACAAACACAAACACUGAU